AUGUUAGGCAGCAGUUACAGCCUCGGCCCCAGGGUGGCCCAGGUGGAACGGGGUGGCCUGGCUUGUCCUUGCGUUGGCUCCCUCUGUUCUCCCUUCUUGACCUCACCUGGCCUCUUGAGCACCAAGAAGGUGAGCCAGAACUUUUGCCGCCUGCAGCGUUUACAGCAGCAAGAGCCUUGCGAUGGCCUGCGCCUGGGGACUCUUGUCUUUCUUGCCUCCCCUGCAGGUCUAGACAUAGAGUUCACCGGCCUUCGUUCUAACCUGUCCGGGCCCCAGCAGAUCAGUCUGUUUGACUUGCCAUCGGAGUGGUAUCUAAAGACCCGUCAGAGUGUUCAGCAGUUCACCAUCUGUCAGAUUGGAUUGUCUGUGUUUUCCAGUAUUGAAGGCGAGUCAAACAAGUAUGUAGCCCAUUCGUGUAACUUCUUUCUCUUCCCUACAACGUUUGGGAUUUUGGAUUCAGAGUUCUCUUUCCAGGCUUCUAGUGUUCAGUUUUUGAAUCAGUAUGGCUUCGAUUAUAACAAGUUUCUCAAAAACGGAAUCCCGUAUAUGAACGAAGAACAGGAGAAGAAAAUUAAACACAGCAUCCUGACUGGGAACUGGAGAGUUCGCAGUUCUCUGGAUAAAGACCAAAUCAAGGCGGUGAUUGACAAGGUGACGCGCUGGCUGGACCUGGCAGAGGAAGGCGACUGGAUGGCCCUCCCUGGUGUCACCGGCUUCCAAGCCUUCGAGGUCCAGCUUGUGCUGAGGAAGGCCCUCCCUGACAUCUGGACGGUGAUGAGAGACGAGGGGGUGACAGUGAAGAAAGUGAGUAAACAGCAUCGCUGGUAUCUUGAGAACACCUCUUGCGAUCAAGAGAGCUGUUGGAAGGAGAAGAUUCUUCUCUCUGCGAGGGGUUUUUCGGUGUUUUUCCAGAUGCUGGUGAAAGCCCAGAAGCCCUUAGUGGGACAUAAUAUGAUGAUGGAUCUGCUGCAUCUCCAUGAGAAGUUCUUCAGACCUCUCCCAGAAAGCUAUGAUGAAUUUAAGCUGAAUAUCCACAACCUAUUUCCUGUUCUCAUUGAUACCAAAAAUGUGACAAAGGAUAUCUGGAAGGAACUGAAUUUCCCAAGGGCUUCAAAUCUUUCAGAAGUUUAUGAAUGCCUAAACAGCGACUUGAAUCCCACCAAGAAUUCUGGGCCAGUGAUUAUUCAUGCGAGUAGAUGUGAAAAAUACGUUGAGACCAAGUGUCCCCAUGAAGCAGCGUACGAUGCCUUCCUGUGCGGAUCAGUUCUUUUGAAAGUGGCCCACUUGCUCCUGUGGAGAGUGCACGGGGCUCUUCCCAUCCCCGAGCCCUCCUUCCCGCUGUACCUCAACGUGCUGGCUCCCCACGUGAACCAGGUGAAUCUUAUCCGAGCCGGGGUCCCCACGAUCAAUUUUUCGGGUCCAGAUGACCCCAGUAUCCGCCCUCCCAUCCUCGUCGUCACCGUCAGGAGGUGGCCCGGGGUCAGCGAGCAGCAAGUCUACCACGAGUUUCAGAACCUUGGCAAGUUUGAUGUCAGGAGACUGGCGGGGAACCGGUUCCUGCUCCUGACCAAGAAGUUUAAGGACACCCGGAGCAUCCUGAAGGAGUACAGGUGCCACCCCACCCUGCAGGUCUCCGUGUACCGCUACUGGAGACACUCCCCGAACGUCAGCUGCCUGUUACAGGUCUGUGGCGUAGUCACCACCUGGGCCUUUAUCGCGUUUCUCCUGGGAAGAGCUCGCCCCUGAGCGCAGCAAGGCCGCCUGCAGUCCCGUCCUGUCUCCGCGCGAUCCCGGGGCUGCUGUCCCGGCUUCUGUUUGUUCAGAUCACAUCCUGCUUGCAUAUGGGUCCUGCGCGGUCCUUACGAGGAGUUUUGUUGUGUGUCGAAUGUGAAAUUCUGUAAAUGUUAUCAACGAUAAA